AUGGAGUCGAUAGCGAAGAUCUCGAGUCUCAUGGAGACUGCCAGAGAGCUCACCCUCGAUGCCGCCCAGGCAACUCGCGGCGCGCGGACGAGCUCCCGGCCGCUGGACCGCAACCAGAUGCGGAAGCUGCUGGAUAGCAGGAACGAGCGCGAUGUGCUCGAGGGCCUGCGGCGCGUCAUGGCUAUGAUGUACCGAAACCACAAGACCCUGCCGCUCUUCUCCAACGUCGUCAAGAAUGUCGCCUCCCCGAACCUCGAGAUCAAGAAGCUCGUCUACAUCUACCUCAUCCACCACGCCGAGCAGGAGCCCGACCUCGCCCUUCUCUCCAUCAACACCAUCCAGAAGUCCCUGUCCGACACGAACCCCCAAGUCCGAGCCCUGGCCCUUAAGACCAUGUCCGGCAUCCGAGUGCCCGUCAUCAGCCAGAUCGUAUCCCUGGCCAUCAAGAAAGGCGUCGCCGACAUGAGUCCCUACGUGCGCAAAGCCGCUGCUCUUGCGAUCCCAAAGUGCCACCGACUGGACCCGACUCAGGCGCCGCAGCUGAUCGAGUACUUAACAACGCUUCUGGGCGAUAAGCAGUACUAUGUGACUGGCGCAGCAGUGUCGGCUAUGCUGGAAAUCUGCCCCGACAGGAUAGAUCUUAUCCACAAGCACUACCGGACUUUGGUCAAGCAGGUUGUGGAUAUGGAUGAAUGGAGCCAGUUGGCCACGCUGCGGAUGAUGACAUAUUAUGCACGAAAAUGCUUCCCCCGAAGACCUCAGAGCUCCGAGGAGGUUGCCGAGAAGCCGCAAGAUACCCGUGUGGAUGAUUUUUACGGUGAUUCUCGAAAUGUUGGUAGGGGGUCUGGAACGACCUCGCUGGAUCCUGACCUAGCACUGCUCCUGAAUGGCAUCAAACCUCUCCUCCAGAGCCGAAAUGCUGGCGUGGUUGUUGCUGUUACUAGGUGCUAUGCUGACAUUGGAACGAGCGAGUAUGUCAAGCUCGCUAUCGGCCCACUGAUCGCUCUUCUUCGAGGAGCACAGGAUAUUCAGCAGACUGCUCUGUUCAACAUUGUGUCGGUUUGCCUUAUUCGACCGGCCGACUUUGUCAAGUACGCCAGCCACUUCCUCGUCCGAGCCACCGAUCCUGAGCCUGUAUGGGAACUCAAGCUGGAGGUUUUGACCAUCAUCUUCCCGCACAGCCCUAUUCACAUCAAGAGCCUCAUCUUGAAGGAGCUGGAACAUUUCUCGCAAGGGACUAACAAGGCAUUGGUGCGUGAGGCAGUUCGUGCUAUCGGCCGCUGUGCGCAGUCCGACGCUACGACAGCUCCUCGCUGCUUGAAGCUCUUGCUGGGCCAGAUUACCAGUUUGGACGGGAAUCUUGCUGCAGAGUCGCUGACGGUGAUUCGUCACUUGAUACAACAGGAUGCGCAAGGACACACUGGGACGGUGGUGCGGUUAGCGAAGAACCUCGACUCAGCAACAGAUCCUCACGCUCGGGCAACCAUCAUCUGGCUUGUGGGCGAGUUUUCAGGUCUCAAUGGAGAAGACAAUAUCGCACCGGAUGUCCUGCGCAUCCUCGUCAAAGACUUUCCCAACGAGUCAUCAGUCGCAAAGCAACAGAUAUUGCUCCUUGCUGCCAAAGUUUACCUCCACCAUCUCAACCGCAAGAGCGAGGCGGAGAAAGAGAGGGACGCAGACGAGGACCCACCGAUCGAGACAGAUACGCACCCCAUUGUACGACUAUGGGAAUAUGUUCUCCUGCUCGUGAGGUAUGAUACUUCGUUUGACCUGCGCGAUCGAGCAAGGAUGUAUCGGUCCCUCCUUACUGUGCCUCAGCUAGCAACGUUGAUGCUCCUCGCCGAAAAGCCUGCACCACAGGCACCUAGUCCAUCCGAGUCACGGAAGGGUUUUAUCCUGGGAUCUGCAACUCUGGUGCUCGCGGGCGGUGGGGGCAUCCAUGGCCUGCAGGGAUACGAGCCGCUGCCCGACUGGGUAGAGGAAGGUAAACAACCGAACCCUCGACUCCGUGAACCAGAAGGAGGCCAAUCCUCUCGAUAUGACGUCGAGAAGACUUCUCUGCCAGCCAGCGAGAGGUUGGACGAGGCGGCAAAGUCUAUUGUCCCGACUAAGACGAAUGGGACUGGUGAGGCUGUUGGGGCCAAGACCUUGGACGACUGGCUAGCUGAGGAGGAGGAAGAGAGCGAAGAGACGGAGGAAGAAACAGAGGAAGAAAGUACAGAUGAGGCAGAAGAAGAAGAGGAGGAGGAAGAUGAUGAUGAAGAAGAGGAAGAAACAGACAGCGAUGACGAUGGAGAGGCGGAUAGACUGGUCAAGUCAUGA